AUGCCGAAGUUUGAAUGCUUCACUGCUCUUGCAGGUACAUAUGUCAAUCCAGGAGGUCACGUGCAUGAAACUUUAACGGUGUACCAUGCAAAUAAUUUGAGCACGGUGGGCAGGCCCAGCACAGAAAGCAGCUGGUUCCCGGGUUAUGCUUGGACAAUUGCACAAUGCAGCUCCUGUCGCAAGCACAUGGGCUGGAAAUUCACACUCGACAAGAAGGACCCUUACGUGAAUCCCCAGAAAUUUUGGGGUCUCUGCAGAACUAGUCUCAUCCCAAAUUUGAGGAAUGACGUUGAAGAACCUUUUCAUCCCAUCAUGUGA